AUGGAAAACAACCGAUCGUCUUUUCCUUCGCAGAUUGGUCGUAUUCCAGCGGCGCUUGACGCAGAUUUCCAUGCCGACAAUACUAAGGGGUGGGAGUACUAUUUCGAAAACGAUGUUUUACUGUUGCUAUCUGCUACACGACUGAUUCUCCUCUUUUCUUUUUCCUUGGAGCAAACGAUUCCCAAACUGUACACCAAUCAAAGCUUCGAUCGGGAACAAAAAGCGGAAAUCCGAUUUAAAGUAAUCGCAUAUGACUGUCAGCUGGCAUGCCGUGAUCCCAAAAACCCUGCAAAUGCAACAAUUACUGUGGUGUUGACGAUCAAGGACGUGAAUGACAAUUUUCCGAAGUUCACCGAAAAGUCCUACCAUGCUACUGUCAUUCAGGGACAAGCGUCCCCAGGUAGUCACCUUGCAAACGUCUAUGCGACCGAUCCCGAUGAAGAGAAGGAAGGUCUUCGUUAUGCUAUAUCGGGAGCUGUUAGAACAUCAAAACGGAGUUACGGUCUGACGGAUUCUCCAAUAUCAAUCAACGCAAAGACUGGAGAGUUGACGGCCAACGAUGCGCUACAUGAGGCGUCUUACUCGUUUACCGUCACUGUCACUGACGGCGUUGGUCAUGAGGACUCAGCCAAUGUUGUCAUCUCUGUCGUCGCAUACUCCCAACAGUUCGAGUUGCUGUUUGAUGCGCCAUACGACUUCAUCAAGCGGAACCAGAAAAAUAUUGUCAGGCUGCUGUCGAACGCCACCUCGUUGACGGCUGUGGUGGAUCGUUGUCGCCAAAACACGAAUUUCACAGUCGUUUUGACACAUUUUCUGGACCACAAUGGAGAAUUCGUAGCUGUGGAAAGAGCAAUG